GUGUGUGGUCACCUUGUCUGGGUGUGUCCCUCUAAAAGCAGCAGGUACUGCCGCACUCUCGUCUCUGUCUCUGCUGGAAAGACUUGAACCGUCCGCGAUGGAUCUGUUCGCCUUUAAGACGCUUCUGUUUCUGCUCUCUUUUAUCGGAUGCUGUGCUGGGACUGACAUCCUGCCGCAUGGUCCUGUGGAGGCGAUUUUGGGGAGAAAUGUGACUUUAAAGACCCUGCUGGACAAACCAGAGUUCUUAGUUCUGCUCUGGAAUUUCAACGACGGGACUGAUUCAGUUAAUGUUGUUACCGUGUCAAAAACUGUGCUGAAAGUGAACCCAGAUUACAUGGGAAGAGUGUCGGUUAACCGGACCAACGGAUACCUGACCCUGACGUCCCUGAAGGCGGGUGAUAGUGGAGACUAUAGUCUAUCCUUGACAACAGAUUCGGCUGAUACUUUAACCGGAGAGAUAAAGCUCGAAGUUCUGCAGCCGGUGUCUGAUGUAGUCAUCAAGUCCAGCAUGCCUGAGGCAAUCGAGAAAAAUGACACUGUGGUUCUGACCUGCUCCGCCAAAGGCUCCUUCCUCAAGUUCACCUGGCUUAACGGCACCACACCAAUCGUGGCCGACGGCAAUCGGCUGUCAGUGGAAAAGAAGGAGCUGUCCAGUGCGCUGACCAUCAGAAAUGUUUACAGGACAGACCUGGUUGGUCCCAUCUACUGCAGAGCGGCAAACAACCUGGAGACGAAGAACAGCGCCCCCUUUAACCUCACCGUCUACUACGGACCAGAGGCUGUCACCAUCACUCCUUCGACGACUCCCCAGGUCCUGAAAUCUGGCACCAACUUCAGCCUGACCUGUUCGGCCCUCUCCAGCCCACCCGCCACAUUCACCUGGUACCACAGCGAUAAGAUUAUGGAGAUCGGAGGUCCCAUACUGACUCUGGAAAAGAUCAAAGAACAUGGAUUGGGGGACAAAGCGGAAGACUACAUGUGCAAGGCUGGAAACACCAAAACCAAAGGCACUGUCGCUUCUCCUGCUGUUUCCAUUGUUGUGAUGGAGGGCAUCUCAGGUGUUACAGUCACCGGUCCGACUGCUGUCCUCAUCGCUGACAACAGCACGGCCAACAUCAGCUGCCGGGCAGCAGCUGGCGUAGUGGAGAAGAUGUCCUGGAUGAAAGACGACAAGCCUCUAGCUGCCAGUGCCCGCGUUGUGUUUUCUAGCGACCAGAGCUCCGUGAUGAUCAACCCGGUGCAGAAAGAGGACAACGGAGAGUACAAGUGUGAGCUCAGGAACCACGUCAGCACAGCCCAAAACUCCUACAAGAUGGUGGUCAACUACGGUCCCGAAGCACCGAUGGUGAAGGGUGAAUUGAAGGUAGAGGUGACUGAAAAAGUGACGCUCACAUGUUCUGCCGUCUCCGUCCCUCCCGCCAACUUCACCUGGAAGUUCAACGGAACAGCGACCAAUGUCAAAGGGACCACGUAUGUCAUCCCCGAGGCUGCUUACAAAGACAGCGGAACGUACACGUGCGAGGCACACAACGCUGUCACCGGCAAGACCACCAUGCACACCCACACGCUGUCCGUCAAUGCAGAGGGAACAUUGGACGGUCUCUCAGACGGAGCCAUCGCUGGAAUCGUCAUCGCCGUCCUCGUUGCUCUCGGUGCCGCCAUCGGCUUAAUCUUCUACUGCAGGCAGAAAGUACCGUAA